AUGGCUUAUCCCGAGCAUUUUGAUUGGCUGAAAGAAACCAUCAGUUUGUUUCCAGGUUUGCCAGGGUUUUCCAGCAUGUUUGGGAAGAAGAAGAAACGGCUGGAGAUCUCUGCUCCGUCUAAUUUCGAGCACCGGGUCCACACGGGCUUCGACCCGCGGGAGCAGAAGUUCACCGGGCUGCCGCAGCAAUGGCAGAGUCUCCUGGCGGAUACUGCCAACCGGCCCAAGCCCAUGGUGGACCCCUCCUAUAUCACCCCCAUCCAGCUGGCACCAAUGAAGAUAUCUCCCAAGAAAGUCCGGUCUUCCGAAACGCCGUUGCCCAAAACCAUCGUUCGAGGUAACCGGCCGCCCAAAGACGCAUCCAUCAACGGCCUGCUAGAAGAGUUCGACAACAUCUCAGUGACACGCUCCAACUCCCUGCGCAAAGAGAGCCCCCCGGGUGCCCACCAGGCUGGAAGCAGCUCCAAACCCUCAGGCAGUGGUCAUCCCAACGCCCCGGAGGAGAACGGGUUCAACCACUACUACUCCCGCUACUCCUGUGACUUAGACAGCACCAGCAGGGACUUCUCGCUGGAUCCUGGCAAGCCGAGCUUCUCCAUAGAUGGGGACUGGGCAGUGGGGAGGCACUAUCGAUUCACCAAGCAGAAUGGCCACUCGCACCCCAUACGCAGCCACUUCUACCCAGACGCCAUGCCCCAAAGAUCAGACUAUGGCAAGAUGCCGCCGGACUAUCACGCCUACCUGGAGAGCAAAGGACGCUCAGCCGAUGAGGUGGCCUCCACCGUGGGGAGCGGGGUGGGUUCCAGUGGCUACUACCGGGCGUCUGUAGGGGGCUCGUCCAGUCAGGACUACCGGGACACUUCAGUGGGCACGCCGUCUCGUGCCUCACUACACAGUGAGCAGAUCAACUACCCAGACAGUGAGUGGAGCUAUGGUGGCCUGCGGGACGAAUACGAAAAGCGACCCAAGAGUUCCUACGUGACGCAGACCAGCCCUACGCCAGCUAUCAGGCAGCGAUCUCGGUCAGGCUCCGGGCUGCAGGAGCCAAAUGUCCCCUAUGCAGCCAGCGGCGCUUUCAAGCACCCUCCACAGGCCCAUCCGUACAGCUCCUACACCUAUCCUCGCCUCUCGGAGAGUCUCGCUAACUCACAGACCAUAGCUAAGGGUGACUACGAGCGUCCAUCACGUGACGGCAGUCCCCAGGUUAUGGGCGGUGACACCUACCCCCGAGGGCCUCUUAAGCUACCUCAGAGCCACUCCAAGCCACCAGGCUACCCCCCAGCACACCUACCCUACCCCCCUGUCUUUCACCAUUACAAACCUUCACCCUACCAUCACCCUCCCUCCCAGCCGAGCCCACCAUACACCCCUCAGGGGGCAUACUCACAGCCUUCAUCACCUUACAUCCCACCGGGGGCCUAUCCCCCUCCCUCCUGGGGGUCUAGCUCGGACACCCAACCCUCUCGAGUCUCCCACGAGCAGUUCAGAGCUGCACUUCAGCUGGUGGUCAACCCAGGCGACCCUCGGGAAUACCUGGACAGCUUUAUCAAGAUCGGCGAGGGCUCCACUGGUAUCGUGUGCAUCGCCAGCGAGAAACACAGCGGCAAGCAGGUGGCCGUGAAGAAGAUGGACCUCAGGAAACAGCAGAGGAGAGAGCUGCUCUUCAAUGAGGUGGUGAUUAUGAGGGACUACCAUCAUGAGAACGUGGUGGACAUGUACAACAGCUACCUGGUGGGAGACGAGCUGUGGGUCGUGAUGGAGUUCCUGGAGGGCGGGGCGCUCACUGACAUUGUGACUCACACCAGGAUGAACGAGGAGCAGAUUGCUACCGUGUGUCUGUCGGUGCUGAGGGCUCUGUCCUACCUGCACACACAGGGCGUCAUCCACCGCGACAUCAAGAGCGACUCCAUUCUUCUGACCAGCGACGGCAGGAUCAAGCUGUCAGACUUUGGCUUUUGUGCCCAAGUUUCCAAAGAGGUGCCCAAGAGGAAGUCCCUCGUGGGCACGCCGUACUGGAUGGCGCCAGAGGUCAUCUCUAGACUACCUUACGGAACUGAGGUGGAUAUUUGGUCUUUAGGCAUCAUGGUGAUUGAGAUGGUGGAUGGAGAGCCCCCUUACUUCAAUGAGCCCCCUCUGCAGGCCAUGAGGAGGAUACGAGACAACCUGCCUCCUCGGCUAAAAGAAUCACACAAGGUGUCCUCAGUGCUGCGAUCCUUCCUGGACCUGAUGCUGGUGAGGGAGCCGUCUCAGAGAGCCACAGCCCAGGAGCUCCUCCAGCACCCCUUCCUCAAGCUGUCGGGUCCACCUUCCUGCAUCGUCCCCCUCAUGAGACACUACCGCCACCGCUGA